GGCCAUUAGAAUUUUGCGCCUUAAUAACAUAUACGGAGAAAGAAAAAAGUUUUUCUUAGAUAUAAUGAGGGAAUUUACUGUAGUGAGGCAUUAAGUAGGGGCAACUUGGCAGGAUGGUGGCCAGAUGGGUUUGCUUGGUUGUUAUUGGUUUGGCGGUUACGAGCUCUGUUAGUGGGUUGGCAGAGAUCAUGAGCCAUGUCACUGCACAUUUUGGGAAGUCUCUGGAAGAGUGUAGGGAGGAGUCAGGGCUAACCCCGGAGAUCCUGGAGGCGUUCCAGCAUUUCUGGAGCGAGGACUUCGAGGUGGUGCACCGGGAGCUGGGCUGCGCUCUCAUCUGCAUGUCCAAUAAGUUUGCGCUCAUGCAGGAAGAUGCCAGGAUGCAUCAUAUGAACAUGCAUGAUUAUGUCAAAGGCUUUCCGCAGGGAGAGUUGCUCUCAUCAAAAAUGGUGGAGCUGAUCCACAACUGCGAGAAGCAGUUCGAUGAUAUGGAGGAUGACUGCAGCCGCGUGGUGAAGGUGGCUGCCUGCUUCAAGGUUGACGCGAAGAAAGAGGGCAUAGCACCCGAAGUCACUAUGAUAGAAGCAGUUCUGGAGAAAUACUAGAUGUUGAUUUUUAUGUUGAUACUGGCUUGCUUCCUGGACCUUUGAUGUGUUUAAUGUAUAUUCCUGAAUAUUAAAGUUUUCUCAAAC